AUGGAGCCAGUCCACAUGCUCACAAAUCUCUUUGACGAUAUCCUCGACUGGGACGCUGCGUUCCACAUCGACGACAACAUCAAGCCGUUCGCAUUCCCAUCCUCAUUCGGUUCGUCAUCCCAUACGAUGUACGUCGACACCGAGUUGCCUGGGGACGUCAAGUUGGAGUCCCCCACUUCCUCGUCUCGUCCUGACCAGUCAUUCUACCCACAUCAUCCCCAUGUUCAACAGCAUCCAAGCUGUACUCGUACCGUCGUCCCGCAGCGCCAGUCCAUUCUUCCUCCAUCCUACAGCAUCGUGUCCUCCACGCAGCACAACUGCGCCUUGGAACAUCCAUCAACUCUCGUCAGUGCCACGAAUGAGCCCUCCAAUGUGCUUCUUUGUCUGCCACCUGUCGAGGACGAUGUGUGGUGGUUUCACGAGUUUGAAGCGUCGCUUCGAGCUGUGCCCCCCCCAUCCCAGCCAGCGGCGACUUCGCCUCACCUCGUCCUCCUUAAUGCGGAGCACGCGACAUUGCUUGAGCUGCUCUUGUCCCCGACUCCCCCUCCAGCAUCAGUCCCCGCCGGCCCCUCGUCGUCCGAGUGCGUCGUGCUUGGCUGCCACAACCUGACGUCCUUUGUACGAGGGCGAUGCAAGAAGUCGCAUGACGGAAAGCGCCGCUGCAAUUUCCACGGGUGUCCGUCGGGGCCCCAGACAGGGGGCUUUUGCAUCAAGCACGGGGGGGGGAAUCGAUGCACGUUUGUCGGAUGCAACAAAGCCGUGCAGACGGUGGGCAAGUGCAAGACACACGGCGGAGGGGUGCGCUGUAGUGUCGCCGGGUGCGACCGCAGCUCACAGGGGGACAAGAAGUGCCGCCGCCAUGGCGGUGGCAAGCGCUGCGGCGUCGACGGGUGCGGCAAGGGGGUGCAGAAGGACGGGUUUUGCGCCGCCCACCAUCCUAAGAAGUCCCACGGCCACCGUCAGCCCCGGCGGCGUCGGGGGGGUCGCCAUGUGGACAACAGCAGCAACGAUGUGCCGCCCCAUCAACCAACAUUUCAAUGCGACUAUAGAUAG